AUGGCUGUGGCUGGCGACGCCAAGGCCGAAGGCGGCGGCCGCGAGGCGCGCCACGUUGACGGCGGCAGCUCGUCGCUCGAGGACAAGCAGCUCGCGUACCUGGGCAACCAGGAGGAGCACGACGUUGGCAAGCGCGCGUCGCUGCGUCACUACCCCGUGUCGUGCUUCUGGUGUCUCUACGCCGUCUGGUGCGUGCUCCUGGUCAGCUUCGAGAACCAGGCCUCGGGCAACAUCCUGGGCAUUCCCGAGUUCCGCAAGGACUUUGGCGUGCCCUUCGAGGGCGGCUACGUCCUGCCCGCCGAGUGGCAGGCCGCGUUCAGCGGCGCCCCGGUUGCAUCCGCUGUGAUUGGCUCUCUGGGUUGCGGUGCUCUGGCCGACUGGCUGGGGCGCCGAGCUGUUAUCAUGAUGGCCCUCGUCAUCACCUAUGCAGCAAUCACGAUGGAGUUUGUCGCCACGACAAACCCCAUGUUUUUCGGCGGCAAGUUUUUGAAUGGCUUCGCGACCGGAGCUCUGGCGUCUGUGACAGUCACAUAUAUCGGAGAGGUCACCCCGCUAGCCCUACGAGGAAUUUUCACUUGCCUGUCGGCCAUGUCGUACACGCUGGGUCCUCUGGUCGCCGCCUUGAUCGUCAACGAGACGGGAACAAUCCCGAGCCGAUGGGCAUACAGGGCGGUAUUCUGCGCGCAAUAUGGGUUUGCCGUUUUCGCCACCAUUGGUGUCUUUUUCAUGCCCGAAUCCCCCUGGUGGCUAGCCUCCAAGGGCCAAGAGGCCAAGGCGCUCCACAAUCUGGCCAAGCUGGGCCAUAGGGGCGAGGAGGGUCGGAAGCGGCUCGCCGUGAUCCGGCAGACGCUGGAGGAGGUGUCGCAGGAGACCGAGGGCGCGACCUACGCCGAGUGCUUCCGGCGGUCAAACCUGCGGCGCACCGUGGUGAGCAUCGCGCCGCUGUGCAUCCAGAUGCUGUCGGGCGUCGUCUUCGCGGCCUCGUACUUCACCUACUACAUGCAGCUAGCGGGCUUCAGCACCGAGUUGAGCUUCAAGCUGCAGAUCGUGCAGCAGGUGUGCUCACUCGUCGGCAACGUCAUGUCGUGGUACCUCAUCGACCGCGUCGGCCGCCGCAACCUGACCUUUUACGGUCUGCUCGCCCUCACCAUCAACCUGCUGGCCACGGGCGGCCUAGCGGCCUGGGGCUCGCCCGAGGCGCUCAAGGGCACCGUGGGGCUAAUCCUCAUCUACUGCUGGUGGUACAACGCCACCAUCGGCGCCACAGCCUUCACGGUGCUGUGCGAGGUGUCGACGUCGCGCCUGCGCAUCAAGACCAUCGCCAUCGGCCUCGCGGCGCAGAACCUGCUCGGCAUGGCCUGGAGCUUCGUGCUCCCGUACCUCUUCAACCCGGACAAGGCCAACCUCGGCGCCCGCGUCGCCUUCAUCUUUGGCGGCCUGGCCGUCGUGUCGCUCGUCUACAUCUGGUACUGCCUGCCCGAGACGGCCGGGCGGACGUACGAGGAGCUGGACGAGAUGUUCAUCAAGGGCGUGCCGGCCAGGAAGUUCAAGGACUUCAAGCCCGAGGCGCAGACCAAGGGCGAGGAGGUCAAGGCGGCCAUCGCGAAAUCGCCGUGA